GAAACUAUGAAAGGAUUACUUUUAGCAUUGCUUGAUGAUCCUAGUAAGAAGAUCCGCACUGCAGUAAGUGUGGCUGUAUCGGCGAUUGCGCCAGAAGAUUGGCCUGAAUUAGUGCCUUAUCUUUUAAAUUUAAUUUACAACAACAGUACACUGAAUGCUGUGCAUGGAGCUUUGCUGUGCUUGUCUCUUAUUUCCUCGGACAUGGAUGGCGAGAUGGUGGCCCAACUUGCCCCAGAUUUAUUCCCAUGCUUGCAAUCGAUGAUAUCGUGUCCUGAGAGCUAUGACAGAAGUCUGAGGUCUAAAGCUCUGUCUCUAUUUCAUAAUUGUACUUCACUGGGUUGGGCUAUGAGUGGUGUAUACAAGAUGGGAACACCCACCAAAAUGCUGAAACGUUGGAUAAAAGGAUUCUCGUCAAUCUUGUCAGAGCCGGUGCCAUCUGAAGAUCCUGAUGAUUGGAGCAUAAGGAAGGAGGUGUUAAAGUGUUUUAAUCAGUUCAUUCAGAACUUUCCCACCUUUACAAAAACUUAUUUUGCAG